AUGGGGGUAAACACGUGGUCAACGCCGGAAAAAGUUCAGUCAACGCCGGAAAGUAACGAAAUUAAUUCAUGCCGUCAAAAGCUUCGAGGUGGGAGAUUUGCUGGAGAAGUUGGAGAGCCAAGUGCAAAAGGCAAGAGGAAGAACAAAGGUGGUCCUAAGAGUCCAAUUAUCAUCCUGUCUGACAGCGAUGAAGAAUUUAAGGCUGAUGACGGUGGUAGUGACGGCAAGGACAACGACCAGGAAGGAGACGAGCAACAAGGAGAUGCAGUGAAAGAGGAAGCUUGGGCUAAUCAGGUUCAACAAGGUGGUUCAGUUGAAGAGGAAGAAGAAGAAGAGGAGGAGACUACUGAAGACACUGAGUCGUCAUCUGACGUUGACACUGAGGAAGCGCGACACAGGAGGCCAGUUGAUCCGUUCGAUGCUUAUGGCUAUGAUGAUGAAGGCGAUUGGGUGAAGAGGCCAACAGAAACCCAUACUAGAACUACAAUAAAUACAAGUGAUAUAACUCUGAGCUUAACAUGGAUGACUCGGAAGACUAUCUUGAUGUUGAAUGGAUUGCAUGACUGUAGACGUUUUGAGUUUAUUGCCAUAUCUAAUUGGAAGUAG